AAUAUCAGUCCAACAUUCUCUCCACUGCUGCACACACCUCAGAAAGCUCCACAUAAAAGCUUAGAGACUUUCCCCUGCUACAGUAAAUGGGAGUUAUGGAAAACAGUGAUUAUGCACGAGAGCUGAACUCGCCACCUCAGUAUACUGCCCAGGGCUAUGAGGCCCUGAAGGAGGAGAUGGAGUUUCGGAAUAGCCCAGGCAGGCAAAUACAGUCCACUGUGGUGACAAUAAUGCCAGAAGCUCCUCCUGUGCGAGAUCACAUAAUCUGGUCACUCUUCAACACCAUGUACAUGAAUUUCUGCUGUCUGGGGCUUAUUGCCCUUGUAUUCUCAGUCAAGUCCAGAGACAGAAAACUCCUGGGAGAUAAGAGUGGAGCACACAGCUAUGGAACCACCGCCCGCUCUCUAAACAUCGCCGCCACUACACUUAGCGUUCUGUUUGUCGUUGUCAUGAUAAUAAUUGUCAUUGUCAAUGUGACGGUGAUGGUUAAGAUGGGCCAGGAAUAUAUGAACAACCAAAGGAACAAAGAAUAUGGACAAGAAUUUGGAAAGUGACCAGUCACAGGAGGAAGCCUUCCCUAAUGUUUUCUUUCAUUUUUCACAUACUGCAAAUGUAGGGCUGAAAGUUAUGUUAGCAUGUUAUGUUUAUUCAACAUCAUCCUUUACAAAUGUUUAUGUAUCAAGCAUAUAAAAUGAUGAAAGCCAAAGAUGAUUGUGAAAGUUUCUGGUGAUACGUGAAUUUAUAUAUAUAUAUAUAUAUAUAUAUAUAUAUAUAUAUAUAUAUUUUUUUUUCAGUUUGCUGACGGCCGGCGUGCCGGAAUACCGACACCUUUUCUCCCUCUUGGGGGUCCACGACCCCCCUGGACGGAGAAUAGAUAGCGUAGUGCGCCACCGUGCCCGCAGCGUGGCGAGCGCAGCGAGCACGUAAGGGGCUCAUUUGCGCUCGCCCAGCUGUCGGUAUGCCAGCAGUCAGGAUUGCGGCGCCGGUAUGCUGUGGCCGCUGGGAGCCCGACCGCCCACAUACCAUAGUACACACAUUUUUAUAUAUAUAUAUAUAUAUAUAUAUAUAUAUAAUCUGAUUUAGCAAAUAGUUUAUUAUACUCAGAGAUGAUUACAAUGUAUCACUUGUAAUAACAAUUCAGAGAGCCUUGUACUUCCUAAUAUUGAUAAGUUGCACAAUCACUGAGGUCACAGUCUAUAUUGUACAUAUUAAGGCCACACACUGUACUCACCUUACGCAGGAGCUACUCAGCUAAUCAUGAUGUACUGUAGCAUUAGGCAGAAUGAUGUUACAUUACAUAAAUCACAUUUUUAUCCUAUGACAUGUUGCUUUCUUUAUAAGAUUAUUGCAUCAUUGUCUUACAUGACGAUUCUCACAAAAGAAAGUAAUGUAUGUGGUAUAUUUUUGUUUUAUUCAAAGCAUUUGUUAAAUAAACAUAACCAUAUUCUAUGACAAUAA